ACCGGAGACCAGUUGAGCGCGAGACUCCGAGCCGAACGGUUGUACGCACGGACGUAGCGCGGCCGAACACCACGAUCGUAUUCUGUCCUCUCGAUCGCGCGUACGACGCACGACUCUCCUGCUCGGUUUCGCCAUCGGGCCCCCGUUGCAAAUAUCGCAGGCUCGUCGCCGGUCGGUUCGCGCGGGCCAUCGUUCGAUCCGCCUGCGAGCAUCGUACGCGAUCGUACUCGUUCGAACGACCCAGUGAGACGCGUGACAGCGCGAGAGUGGUGAUUACCGUCGUGACUUCCGAGCCGAGUGAGACUACUCUGGAUUUGUUUUGCCAACCCUUUUCACGGUCCUCCGAGGGAGUUUCCGGUGGCAGGAAGAAGCAUCGUGACACGUCCGGUACUCACGGUGAUGCAUCACUGCCGCGUCAAGUUUCUGGAUCAGUCGGCAUCCGAAACGACGAGCCUGUCGUCCACUAUAAUGCCCGUUUAACGAUUCCUGAGAUCGUUGACUCGUCGAACGGCAGCCCGUUCGAUAUCGAACAAGAAGAAGCAGAGGAUCGUGCGUCGGUAGCAUCGUCGCUGGCACCGGCAGCGUUCCAAGGAACACGCGCGAGCCUGAUCCCGUUGGACGCGAGGACAGCAAGAUUAACGAUCGCUCGCGCGCGCGCGAGCCAGAGAGAGAGAGAGAGAGAGAGGAAGAGAGAGAGAGAGAGGCAUCGUAGCGGCAAGGGUUGCGACAGAUAAUUCGGGAACCGGUAAAUGAGUUUCGGUGUAUCGUUCCCGGGGAACCGUACAUCCCGCGCUGCGACCUCGUACCCGAUCGGGUACGGUAGAGACUAGGUUCCAGACCAGCGUCAAGAUAAGGUCAGUGGGAGCGGUCGCCCAGGAUGAGCAGGACCGGGUGGUGCCGUUAGUGGUGUCCAACAGCUCGGCGGAGGGGCCCGAGGAAGGAGAGGGGGGCCCAGUGCACGGCCCCCGAAAGGGCCACCGGCUGGAUGGUCUAGCUCCGGAGCGGCCAUCGUCCUCGGUAGCCACGUCUCUGACCAGCUCGGAGGGGGACGGAGAGGUCGGCAACGGAGAGGUCCGAUCGUCGACGGAGGACCUCGGCGGUGCCGCGCGUGGUCCAGGUCCGGAGGCCGAUCGCGGACGGGUCUCGGAGCUCGAGGCUGACUCGGCGUCGAGGCUGGAAGCUGGCGGCAACGACUGCGAGACACUGCGAAUCGAGUGCGGCGCGGCGCUGAACGAGGCCCCGGUGUUGGUGCACUAUCAUCACCGGCACUGCCGUCAUCAUCAUCAUCAUCAUCAGCAGCAGCAUCAGCAGCAGCAUCAGCAUCAGCAGCAGCAGCAGCAGCAACAACAGCAGCAACAGCAGCAGCCCCAUCGUCCGGCGGUGGUCGCGUUGGAUCUGCAUCCGAUAGCCGACAGCAGUUCGGAGGGCCGCGCGAAACGUCCGCGACGGACGUCGGCCGACUGCGCCGAGACGUUCGAGCGUAGGGGACAACAGUGUCUGGCGCACAGGCACAGGGUGCCGCCGCCGGCUGGCGUCUCGAGACACCACGCGGACAGCACGCGGAGAAAUCCGAAUCGAUCGUGCCGGGUUCAUGGUCGCAGGCGGGACCGGUCGCGGGGUAAAGCCACGGAAAGACAGGUCCACCAGACCUCGACGGAUUUGACGGCGAAUGACUUCGAGUGCUCAGUGAUACGUCUGGAGCAGGACCCGAUUCUCGAGCCGGUGAGGAUCCUCGGCUGCCCGGCCGCCGAAGGCUUCGAGAUAUCCUCGUUCCUGGAGCCGCCCCCGAGCUACGACUACACGGACAUCAACGUAGCCAGGAUACCGAACAGGGAGCCGCCGCGCUACAGCCUCUACGACCCGAACGGUAUACGGCCGAAGAGCCGGGCCGGCAGCUUCGCCAAGAUCCUCGAGGGAUCGAACCGCGCCGUGAAGGACAUUAACCGGAAGAUGUUGGCGGUGGCACGCGCCAUGACACCCGUCUGGUCGCUGCGUCUGCUGGGCGUCAGCUGCGGAUCCGUGCUGUGCGCCUGGGGACUUUUGCUGAUAUUGUCCGUGCUGGGCGGUGGCGCCUCCCAUGGUACCGCCAUCGGUGGUUUCGGUCUCGGUGGUUUUUCCGGCACGAUCGAGGACAUGAACGGCGCUAGAUGCCCGUGGUUGUGCAUCUGUACCGGGGACAACGCCAACUGCUCCGAGAGAGGACUCACCCAGAUUCCGAGAGCCCUGCCCACCGUACAAAAACUGGACCUCCGAGAGAACAAUAUCUCGGUGAUAUUCAAUACGGACUUCGAGGACAUGGCCACGCUCCGCGUCCUCUGGCUAUCGAACAACCAGAUCAACACCAUCGAAAAGGACGCCUUCAAGGAUUUAAUAGGCGUCGAGAAGCUACGGCUCAACAAUAACCAGUUGCGUCACCUGCCCGAUCUUCUGUUCAGCAACAUGAUCAACUUAAAGCGCCUGGACCUUAGCCACAAUCAAAUCGCCACGAUCGGUCCGAAAACGCUCCGAGGAAUUUCGACCCUGAAGCACCUGCUGCUCGACAACAACGUGCUGACCUGCAUAGAUGAAGCGUCGAUACGGGAGCUGAAGGAUCUGGAGAUACUAUUGCUGAAUAAUAAUAAACUGACAACGCUGGGAAAGGAAAUGCUGAACGGCUUGUCGCACUUACGAACGCUGAAGCUCGUUGACAACGCGCUGGCUUGCGACUGUCAUUUGGCCUGGUUGGCGCGACAUUUGAGAACGUAUCCUCGACUGGGUCAGCACACGCGUUGCGCCUCGCCAGGUCACUUGAGAGAUCAAAAUAUCGCGGACAUCGAGGAGCAGGAUUUCAAGUGUUCGGGUCCGGUUGAGCGCGCAGGAUCAGAGUGCAGCGCGGAACCGCACUGCCCGCAUCCGUGCAAAUGCGCCGAAGGUACCGUCGACUGCAGGGAGAAUUCUUUGACGAAAGUGCCCACCCACCUUCCCGAGGACACCAUCGACCUCCGGUUAGAGCAGAACAAAAUCACGGAGAUCCCGCCGAAAGCUUUCUUCCCGUACCGGAAGCUGCGCAGCAUCGACCUCAGCAACAAUCAGAUCAAAAAAGUGGCGGCGGACGCGUUCCACGGGCUGAAAUCCCUGAAAUCACUCGUGCUGUACGGAAACAAGAUCAACGAACUGCCCAGCGGCCUGUUCCAAGGACUGCACCAGCUGGAAGUGCUGUUGCUGAACGCCAACGAGAUAUCCUGCAUACGGACCGAUCUGUUCCGCGAUCUGACCAGCCUGACGCUGUUGUCCCUGUACGAUAACAACAUCAGAUCCCUGGCCAAUGGAACUUUCGCCAAUCUGCAAAGCAUUAAAGCGCUACAUUUGGGAAUGAAUCCGCUGAUCUGCGAUUGCAAUCUGCGUUGGCUGAGGGCGUAUCUGGAGGCGCACCCGAUCGAGACCUCCGGGGCUCUGUGCAAGUCUCCGAAGAGGGCGCAGAAGCAUGAGAUCAAAUCGAUGCCGGAAAACGAGUUCAAAUGUAAGGGCAACGGUGAGCUCUUAACGAAGAGGGCCGGCGAGUGCAUCCUGCCGGGAGAGUGUCCCGCUCCGUGCACCUGCAAACGCGCCACCGUCGAUUGCUCCAACAAGAAGCUGACUUCGAUACCGAAGGAAUUGCCGAUCUACACUUCCACUUUAUUGUUGGCCGGCAACGAGCUAGAGAAGAUCAAAGCGGACGGCCUGUUCGAGAAGCUGCCGGAGCUGCAGCAUUUGGACCUCAGGAUGAAUAAAAUCUCACGCAUCGAGGCCUCGGCCUUCCAAGGGGCGCACAAGGUCACCGAACUACUCCUGUCGAAUAACAAGCUGAGGGAAGUUCACAACAAGAUGUUCACCGGCUUGACGAAUCUUAAGACUCUGAACCUCCAUGGAAACGCCAUCACCUGCGUUAUGCAGGGCGCGUUCGAUGAACUUGCACACAUACGCACCAUCAACAUGCAAGGCAAUCCUUUGUCGUGUAAUUGUCAUCUCGCGUGGUUCGCCGAAUGGCUGAGGAAACGCGACAUGUCUGGUGUGUUCGGCCACUGUCACGAUCCACCGCGAUUGAAGGACGCCGUUCUCAAGCAUAUUCCGCAUCACGAGUUCAAAUGCAACAACGACAGCGUGGGUUGCCUAGGAGACGAUUACUGUCCACCCCAAUGUAAUUGCGCCGGGUCAGUGGUGAAGUGUUCGAGGUCUCAGCUUACGGAGAUUCCGCGUGGGAUUCCGCCGGAAACCACCGAGCUGUAUUUGGACGUGAACGAAAUCAAGACGAUUCAGCCGGAGCGGCUGAACCACCUGAGGAUUCUCACUAAACUGGAUCUGAGCAACAACCAUAUCGGAAUGCUGUCGAACGACACCUUCAAGAAUCUCACCAAGCUGUCUCACCUCAUCAUCAACUACAACAAACUGCAGUGCGUCCAACGCAACGCCCUCGCCGGUCUGACGUCUUUGAGGAUGAUGUCACUGCACGGCAACGACAUAUCGGUGAUCCCCGAGGGCACGUUCGAGGACCUCCAAUCCAUGACCCACCUCGCUCUCGGGGCCAACCCUCUCUACUGCGACUGCAGUAUGCGCUGGCUGGCCAAGUGGGUGAAGAAGAAGGAAUUCGUCGAGGCCGGGAUCGCCAAGUGCAUGGAGCCGCCCGCGAUGCGGGACAAGGUGCUGCUUACCACGUCCGAGACCGAGUUCCAAUGCAAAACCAGCCAACAGCCAGCCGAAGUCCUGGCCAAGUGCGACCUGUGCUACACCUCGCCAUGCCAGAACGGAGGAUUUUGCGAGGCGCUCCCGGACCGGAAGUUCCGUUGCAAGUGCGAGGCAGGAUAUCAUGGGGACCGGUGUGAACAUAAAAUUGACGCGUGCUAUGGAAAUCCUUGCCGGAACACCGGAACUUGCAAAGUACUGGAAGAAGGAAGAUUCAGUUGCGUCUGCGCCCCCGGGUACGAGGGACUUCGAUGCGAGAACAACGUCGACGACUGCGAGGACAACAAGUGCUCCAAUAACGCGACCUGCGUCGACCUCAUCCAGGCCUACCGAUGCGACUGCACCCCUGGAUUCAUGGGCGAGUACUGCGAGGAGAAGAUACCCUUUUGUACAAAAGGGCACGACCCCUGCGAGAACGGGGGCCGAUGCGUCGACCACGGGACCCACUAUAGCUGCGAAUGCCCAGUCGGCUUCACCGGCCUUAAUUGUUCCACCAACCUGGAUGACUGCGUUGAUCAUAUGUGCCAGAACGGUGCUACUUGCAUCGACGGCAUAAACAAUUACGUGUGCAAGUGCGCGGCGGAGUACAGAGGGAGAUACUGCGAGGCCGCACCAUCGACAGUCAUGCUGUAUCCACAGACUAGUCCUUGUGCCCAUCAUGACUGUCAACAUGGUGCAUGUUUUCAACCAGCUCCCGCGUCCGCCGCGGACUAUCUUUGCCAGUGCCACCCCGGCUACACCGGAAAACGAUGCGAGUACCUGACGAGUUUGAGCUUCGUGGACAACAGCUCGCUGGUCGAGCUGGAGCCGCUACACACGAGGCCCGAAGCGAACGUGACCAUCGUCUUCUCGACCAUGCAAGAAAACGGGGUUCUCCUCUACAACGGUCAGAACGGUCAGAACGGUCAGAACAGCGACCAUAUCGCGGUCGAGCUGUUCAACGGCCGUGUACGUGUCUCGUACGACGUGGGUAACUACCCGACAUCGACGAUGUACAGUUACGAAAUGGUAGCCGACGGUAAACCUCACGUGGCCGAGCUAAUCGCGAUCAAGAAGAAUUUCACGAUGAGGGUGGACCACGGUCCCGCUAGGAGCAUCAUCAACGAGGGCCCGAAAGAGUACCUCAAACUCAGCACGCCGAUGUACGUCGCCGGCGUCGCGCCCGAAUUCGCCAGCAUCGCGUUCACGCAGUUCCACCUGAGAAACCUGACGAGCUUCCAAGGCUGCAUCUCUGAAAUGUGGAUCAAUCAUAAAUUAGUGGACUUCAGUAACGCAGCGAAGAUGCACCGUGUUACUCCCGGAUGCGUCUCGAACGAGGAGGAGGCUGACGAGGCGCGAGACGUCGUCGAACCCGAAGGCGUCAUGAGCAACAGCGGCAGCAACGAGGAAGCUCUACCGGAAGACAACAUGGCUCGCGAACAUUCCGACAUCGUCCUGACACUGCCUGGCUCGAUAAUUUCCGAUCCCUGCGCAGGACACGAGUGCAGGAAGGGCUCGCAAUGCGUGUCCUCGCCGAUCGGAAAUGGCUACACGUGCCGUUGUCAGACUGGCUGGCAAGGACGAUACUGCGAGAAAGCACCGACGUGUCGCAAAGAACACACCAGAGAGUUCUACAGCGAGAACGGAUGUCGGAGUAGACGUCCGGUGAAGCUUGCCAAAUGUUGGGGUAGCUGUGGCAAUUCUUGCUGCCUGCCACGGAAAACAAAACGACGCAAGGUGCGACUGAUCUGCGCGGACGGGAUGCGUUACACGAAGGACGUGGACCUGGUGCGCAAGUGCACGUGCACCCGGAAAUGUUACUAGCGGGGGUCGAGGAACAGCCACAGGUGUUCCAUAAAUAUUCGUCGAAACGUAUGGAGACAAAGAGACCGAAAACGAUAAAGAGAGAGAGAGAGAGGGAGAGAGAGAGAGAUCGAGAGACCGAGAGGAAGAAACCCCCUAGAAUCGAGCAAGUGACCCAAUUCCGAACUUUCAACGGAAGACCACGAGUGAUGUGCCGAGACUCGAUCGUUGAACCGGAUGCUACCGAUGAAGAAGUGGUCCUCGACGUAUCCUCGUGGCGAAAGCAUUGGGCCACGCGGCCGAGAGAGACCCAUAUGAUGGACACACACUCGCAAAGCCCACACUGACACACGUAUCACACGCGCAGACAUACCCUUUAAAACACGUCACACACACGCGGACAGACACGCAUAUUAACAUACACACAUAUACACACACAGCCGGCUCAGUGUGAUAUAUAUAUUCGGACGUGGAGAAAGAAUAAUUAUUAUUAAAUAUAAUCGUGCGUACGUGGACUUACUCGGUAUUUGGAAAACAGUUUCACCGCAUACUAGGUAUUAUUAAUCGUGUACGUUUCGCGUGACGAAGAGAGCGAGAGAGAGAGAGUGUGUGAGAGAGCGAGAGAAUAGAAGGCGGAGAACGCUAAUGAUUAUUCUCGAUCACCGACGAGGAUCCGUUCGCUCGGCGUGGAAAGCCGAUCGACCGAUCUCUCGGAACUCGGAGACACCGGUGGUGCGGUAGAAGCGUGAAAUUCUGUGCGAAUGUGUGCGACAAGCUUUCUAAAGGGCGUUCCCAAAUUAUCCAGUACAAUUUUACCAGCCGACAAGCUCUGUGCAAUAACAGGGAAGCUACUAGAAUUACAUUCGAUGGCAUAAUCUAGAUCGAGAUAGAGGAACGAAAAUAUCCGUGAAACACCGGGUGGACAAAUUGAAGUUCACAGCGGCUAAAACCUCUUCCAAAAACUCAUCCAAAUUUCUGUUAAGGACACCUCUCUGUUCCGUGAUUCGCUGAGACCGGUAAAUCGCUGAUACAAGCUGGUAGGAUUCAACCGAACGAUUUCGGAACGUCCUCUACAGAGGAAUUCGAAUAAAUCACAUCACUCUUCUUUGAGCGUUCGACGCGCCGGAUGAUUCGGCUCGGAGGACCGAUCCGAGGGGUCGUGAACGCGUCAGGAGCCACCGUCGGGGGUGUAAUUAAACGCUUCGCUAGCAAGCCGAGCUUCGCGAAUGUAUUCCGCGAAUGUCGUCGCAUCGUCGAACGCGAUCGUGGCUCGAAGUGUCGCGAACUAUUUUCUUAUGGAUUUUAACAACGUUUUCGUAGCUUUUUUCGGAGAUAAGCACGGUUCCAUGGCAUCGAGGAGCUGCCAGGACCGUCGGACUCGGCGAGUUCGCGACACGAGAAGCCAUCGCGUUCGAGAACCGGCUUUCUUGCCGGUGUGGAGGGGUACACUAAAUCUGUUUCGUUGUCGCAUCGUUUAACAAUCCUCCGAGGAACGUUCCUUUCUAUUUAACCGGUCGAUCGUUCGCGUCGUUUAUUUACACGUUCGGGAGACGCGUGUUCGAAGGGCAGGCGAGUAACGCGCGCCGACAGCAGACUCUCCUGAUCAACCGUGCUCGCGAAUCGAGCUGAAUGGCCCCGGGAGCGGUGGCUACGCCCGCGAGAGCGCCAAAGCCCCGCCCACUCGACGAAAAGCAGCGCACACGGAGUAAUUGAAAUUUCCGUAGAACUCCGAUGUCCGUUGGCAAACGUCGGUUGCAGAGAAGCCUCUUGGCACAGUUUGGAUCGCUCUCGUAAAAUCUAAUAUUUAUUAACGGUAGAACCGCGAAACAUUUUCAAUCGACGAUAUUGCCGAGAUUGCGAAGGUGCAUUUACAGGAAAUUAUUCGAUAAAUUUAUUUCUACGUUGCGACGAGAGUUAUUAAGCGUCUGAGCAACUACAUUAUCGUUUUUGUAAUGUACGGUAGAACCUCGUUUAUCCGAACUAACGAAGAACCAUCCGAACUAUCCAGGCUCAAAUAUUCUCACCGUUGAAAUGUGCUGCCAUCUUAAAAUAUAACAUUGUGCCCAUGAAAGGGUUAAAUCCUUACCGACUCGCGUAAUAAAUAUUGUGCACGGAUCGCCGUGGAUCGAGCAAUUUAGAGAAUUAAAAUAUGUCCAAGGUUCGGAUGAUCGAGGCGACGCUUGAACGUUAAAUAUUCCAGCACUCCGUGUUUCGAUUCGAGAGGGAAGUAAAGUUUAAAAAAUGCGCGAGCAAUGAAACUGCGAACGACAAAAGCUUCUGUAUUAAUGGAAAGCUUCUGCUUCUGCGGAUUUGAACGGAAACGAGGCGAAGAACGGCCGAAGGAUUGCUCCCAGAGCCUCGAAUCUUUUCAUUCCACGGCCUAAGAACGUUGUUGCUGCGAGAUCGGCCGUCGCCGCCGCCGCCGUCGCCGCGAAAAAGUGAAAUCGGCGGCGAGGAAAAAAACGAAUUUGUAAGAUGUCGGAUAGGAGCGCGUAAUUAUUUUUGUAUGAGCACAUUAUUUAUAGCGAUCGAGCGUCGGCGAUGAUUUCUGCGAUUGUUUUUCAUCGGGCAGGCGUGAUCAUUCGUUCGGAACUACUUAAGUCCCCCUCUCCCCGUUCCACGCGUUCCGCGCGUGACCUAUUUAGACGUGUACCUACUCUGCGGACAUAACUGCGUUUUGCAUCUUCCACUGCCAGUAUUUAAGUCGUAUUUAUUCGUCACGAACGACCGGAAACGAGAGACCAUCGUCGAUCAAGCUGUCACCUGAUCAACUGCCGUCUACAAGCGAACAAUCUCGAUCGAUCACGAUCGAGUCCUUUGCGCUCUGGAUCCUCCGCCAUCUUGGAUUUCUCAAGCGUUUCCGUAUCACCGUUGUCCUUUAUCGUGUUCCAAUCGUUUAAUAUAGGAGACGCCCGACUCCUCGGGAAGCAAACGAUCCGGUUCUGUUCUCGGUUCAGAGUGCAAGGGGUUCAAUUUAUUGCAAAAAUACUCGACGCAUCGUUUA